AUGACUUCCAAAUACAACGCUAUUGAAGACUAUGGCAUCAUUGGGGACAUGCACACGGCCGCUCUGGUGAGCAAGGAUGGAAGUAUGGACUUCCUGUGCUGGCCUGUGUUUGAUUCUCCAUCAGUCUUCUGCAGACUGCUCGACAAGGACAAGGGUGGCCAUUUCAGCAUCAAUACAUUAACCCAGGAUGGAUUACCCCUAAGCAAGCAGAGAUAUCUGCCCUACACCAACAUCCUGGAGACCCGCUGGAUCCACGAGCAAGGAGUCAUCAACCUGGCCGACUUCUUCCCUGUUUCCAAUCACAAGUCUCCUCAAUCUGACAGACACCUGUCUGGUUACUGUGCUUGCACCGAGCCAGGCGGCAACCGCUGGAAGACCGGUGCCAAACACUCAGGGAUCUUGCGUCGUCUGGAAUGUGGUCGAGGCACUAUGAAUGUCAAGGUGGAGCUCUUUCCUGCCUUCAAUUACGCCCAGGACGGCCAUAGCGUUCGUUGCAAUUUGAGCUCGUCAGAAACAGUCCCACAACUACAGACUAUAUACUUUGAAUCACCCAAAGAACGCCUACAGUUGGACAUCUGGGCCGAUAACAAAAAGGAAGGACAGGGUCUGCCGAAAGGCCGCUAUCGCCUCGAAAACAGGCCUGGACAUCUCGGGCAGGGCCUUGUCGCCGACAUCGAGAUCUCAGAAGGACAGUCCAUGAUCUUUGUUCUUCAUAGUCCCGAGAAAGCCCUCCCGGGGCCUACUCAGCUUUCCUCUUACCUCUCGCGACUCGAGUCGGAAACCUUCCAGUUCUGGACAGACUGGAGCCACAAGUGCACCUUCCGUGGCCAUUAUCGAGAGACCGUAGAGAGAAGUCUGCUCAUUCUCAAGUUAUUAACAUACAAGCCCACGGGAGCGGUCAUUGCCGCGCCGACAUUUUCGUUGCCUGAAAAUAUCGGCGGCUCCCGUAAUUGGGAUUACAGGUAUUCCUGGGUGCGAGAUACCUCCUUCACUCUGUAUGCAUUCCUCAAGAAUGGCUACGACGAAGAAGCCGAGGCAUACAUCUCCUUCAUUUUUGAUCGUGUCUUUCCGCCAUUGGUCGAAAAACAAUUCACCAAGGAGCACUUUUUGCCUAUAAUGUUCACGAUCAGAGGAGAUUCCGAUAUUCCCGAGUUUGAACUCAACCACCUGGACGGAUACCGUGGCAGUAAACCGGUGCGUAUCGGUAAUGCAGCAGCUUUCCAUACGCAGCUGGACAUAUACGGCGAAUUGAUGGACAGUAUUUACAUGUACAACAACCACGCAAAACCGAUUCAAUAUGACCAAUGGCUCGGAAUCCGCCGCAUGAUGAACUUUGUCAUCCAGGUUCGCGACGAGCCAGAUAUGUCUAUAUGGGAAGUGCGUGGCAAACCACAGCAUUUUCUCUAUUCCAAGAUGCUGCUCUGGGUAGCACUUGAUCGCGGAGUACGCUUGGCCGAAAAACAUUCUACCCUGCCCUGCCCAGACAAGCAGCAAUGGAUCCGGGUUCGUGACGAAUUGUACGAUGAGAUCAUGGAUAAGGGCUAUAACAAAGAGAAAGGAUUCUUUGCGCAGAGCUAUGAGAAUACUGAAGUCGUCGAUGCGGCACUUAUGAUUGCCCCCUUGGUGCUGUUUGUUGAGCCUAAUGAUCGUCGUUUCUUGAGCACUUUGGACAAAGUGCUAGAACCGCCGGAGAAGUCGGGCUUGACUAGUGCAAGCAUGGUGUUCCGGUAUGACCACGAAAAGGCUCAAGACGGUGUCGGAGGACGCGAAGGCGCCUUUAUAAUGAUUACCUUCUGGGCUAUAGAAUCCAUGUUCCGGGCAUGCAAAUACACCGACACCCUCCCCAACGGCGACGACAUCCGCCGCAAGGCCAUAGCCAGUUUCGACAACGUCCUCUCCUUUGCUAAUCAUUUGGGAAUCUUCUCCGAAGAAGUGGCAAUCAGUGGCGAGGCGAUGGGUAAUGUGCCUCAGGCCUUUAGUCAUUUGUCGUGCAUUAGUGCGGCAAUGAAUUUGCCAGAUUACCGUAAUUGA